CUGGUCAAAAGGUUCCCACUUUCGGCGCUCAGAGGACCGGCGGCAGGCGGCUCUCCAGCCCAUCAGUCCGUACACGACAAGAGUAAAGUUGAUUCAGAUGGACAGAAUGUGCCAGAAUCCUUGAAGAUAAACUAAAGGCCUUGGAUGUUACCUGAUCUCCUUUGAUUUUUGUACGUACACCUGGUGCCAUGGCCUGUCUCAUAAGAGCUGAAGUAGCACUGCUGAGGUGUACGUUGCUUUUUCUCUACCUGAGUGUCUGUUUGUGCCAGCGUGACUGCACUGGCGUGGACUGUCCCCUGCUGGACAACUGUAUUGAAGAAGUGCUGGAGAAGGGCGCCUGUUGUGCUUCAUGCUUACAAAAAGGAUGCACAUGCGAGGGUUACCAAUAUUAUGAUUGCAUCAAUGCUGGAUUCAAGAAUGGCAAAGUGCCUGAGGGAGAUUCUUAUUUUGUGGACUAUGGCAGCACAGAGUGCUCCUGCCCUGCUGGAGGAGGCCGGAUCAGCUGCCACUACAUCAGCUGUCCUGACAUGCCACCAAACUGCAUCGACGUUUCAGAGCCUGCGGAUGGUUGCAUGCAGUGCGAACGCAUCGGGUGUGUCCAUGGCAGGCAGAAGUACGAGGCUGGACACUCUUUCCACAUUGACCCCUGCCGGGUCUGCCACUGCCCCAAUGAAGGAGGGAAGCUGAUGUGCUACCCUGUACCUGACUGUGAUCCGAAGAAAGUCCAAAUACCCAUGUUAGCUACAACCACAGAGGAGGCCACAGCCAGCAGGCGUGACAGUUACCCCCACAGGUUUGACCAACAAGACCGUGAAGAUCAGUUCUCAACACCGUACCACCUUCUACCUAAUGGGAAUCUUCCUCUCUUCAGAUCACCGCCAUUAGAUAAGGAGGAGCCAGAAGACUAUUAUUACAGUCCUACAGAACCUCCUGAGACUUACCCUCAAUCUCUGGUCUUCUCCACCCUGUCCUCCUCCUCCUCCUCCAACAAGAUCAUAUCUGUGUCUGGAGGCUCUGACAGGCCUGACAGAACUUCUGCAAUCCAGAGUUUGGACAGACAAAGCAAGCUAGAGCUGAGAGAGCGAUAUGGAGUUCAUGACCAUCCUGUAGACAAAGAGGAAGUGACAGAAAAUCCCCUGAGACAAGAGCAGAGUACUGUCAGGCCACAUAUGCACGAGGACACAACUACUUCUUGGCAGCCUUCACAGGGUCUGACAAGCGCACAAAGUGUCUCAUUCAGUGAUCAGAGUCUACAGACAGAUUUAGAGAUUCCAUUGCAUGCACAAAGGAGUUUGGGUAGUGUCAUAUUUCCAUUAAACCAAGGCUUAGUGGGUGAAAAACACCCAGAGUAUCCACAUAUGAGUUCAGAGAGUGCAGUACAUAAUCAGAGAAGCUCUGAGACUAAUACACAUCACCAAAAUACAUUAGAUAUUGGCAUACCCAGAGGUGCAAAGAGUCAGGUUAACGUUACUCAUCCAGUCAGAGGUACAGAGAGUCAAAUGAAUCAGCAGACACAAUCAGAUAGAAUGAAUUUUCCAAUGUACACGCUGAGAAGUCCAGAGAGCCAAAUCCAUCCCGAGGCAAGUACAAAUGGUCAAAAAGAAUUACAGGGGACAGUUGCGCCGAACAGUGAGGAAGGCUUGGAUGCAGAAGAGAUGGAAGAGAGGGAGGAGAAGGAAGAAAUAGUAACUUUUCAGAGUGUCACUCAGCCUGGAGGAAAGGAUAUGCCCCACGAGAUGAAGUCAGCACAACAGGAGAAAAGCCACGAGGAGUCUGAGAGCAGUGAUCCAACCAGCAGUUACAAAAAGGCCACACCUGAGCCCAGCACCACCACCCACAGGGGGCCUGAGUACCACACAACCGCGAUGGUCCAUUUUAUCCCAACCCCCACCCAUAUGCCGGAUGAGAGUCUGCCCAGCAGAAAGCCAGGUCAAAGGCUGUUAAACGUUCACAGUGAAGACAGAGAGGAGGUGAAGGAAGAGGUGAUUCAGGAGGAGGAGGAGAAGAAAGAUCUGCCUGUUUUACUGAUCAAACCUGAUGAAGGUCCAGGUGCCUCUGCUGAAGACCUGCUGCAGAGCUGCUGUGCUUUUGGCCAUAGAUGGGCCACUGAAAACCACCACUGCAACCACAUGCUUUUGCUUAACAAUGACAAGCACUCCAUAUGCAGUGUUAUACAGAAGCAAUGCUGCCUCAGCUCAGUGAAGGAGAGCCAGUGCGAAUCAGGUGUGACUUCAGCCAGAAGAGGGGACACCUGUGAAGUGGAUCAGGAGGAUCAGUGCACAGAUGACUCCUACCAGGUGUGCUGCAGCUGCUGUGCCCUUGGCUUACGGUUGCGCAGUGAAGGAUGGGAUUGCAAUGCCCACCAGUACCUGGGCAACCCAUGUGGUCAUGCCUUCCUCACCUGCUGCAAGGAAGAGGACGGUCCGAGCCAGAUCCCACUGAGGAGAAAGCAGAAACCCAGACCAACUGCUAUGCCUAAGGAAGUCUCAGACAGCAAGUACCCAAAGGAGGCCUUCUCCAUCAGUGCCACAGAUGAAGCUGCAAACGUGGUGGAGGAGCAAGGGGAUGUGGAUGAGUGCCAGCUGUAUGCAGGCCAGCUAUGCCAACACAAAUGCAUCAAUGUCUUGGGCUCCUAUCGCUGUGAAUGCCACCAGGGCUACAUCCUGCAGCAAGACAGACACUCCUGUGCACCAGCGAGCCCUGACGAGGAAAACAGAGUCAGAGAGGACAAUCCUGCUGCAGUCCCAACACAAACCACUACUGCCACUACCAUUACAACCAGUACAACAACCACCAGCCCUGUCCGCCUCAAUCCUUGUGCAGAAAACGGUCCUUGCAGUCAGCAGUGUAUGGUGGUGGCAGGCCAGGCUCGCUGCUCCUGCUUCCCAGGCUUCUCACUGAUGACAGAUGGACAUGUAUGUGAAGAUGUGGAUGAGUGCGUGACCAACACCCACAGUUGUCAGCCCAGUGAACACUGUGUAAACACAGUGGGUUCAUUUGUAUGUGAGCUGCAGGUCACUUGUCCUGCAGGCUACCAGCUGAGCAACAGUGUUUGUGAGGACAUUGAUGAAUGUGUGCUGCAAACCCAUAACUGUGGUAUGGGCUUCGUGUGUGAGAACACAGUGGGAUCUUUCCUGUGUAAUCCCAAACAUAAGUGCAUCAGCGGCUUCAAACAGGACUCUCAUGGCAACUGCAUUGACAUAAAUGAGUGCAACAGCCUGAGUGAGCCGUGCAGCUCAGGCUUUAACUGUAUCAACACAGUGGGCUCCUACACGUGCCAGCAGAAGAUCAUAAUGUGCAGCCAUGGAUACCAUGCUAGCUCUGAUGGAGCCAAGUGUGUCGACAUUGAUGAGUGUCAGAUGGGGACACACCGGUGUGGAGUGGGCAAGAUCUGUCACAACCUCCCUGGCAGCUACCGCUGUGACUGUCAGACGGGCUACCAGUACGAUGCCCUCCGCAAAGUCUGUACUGAUGUAAACGAGUGCUGGCGCUAUCCUGGCAGGCUGUGUUCCCAGACCUGCGAAAACACCCCAGGCUCCUACCACUGCUCAUGCACAGCUGGCUUCUCCCUGGCCUUUGAUGGAAAGAACUGUGAAGAUGUAAAUGAAUGUGACAAAAAUCCCUGUAGCCAGGAGUGCGCCAACAUCUACGGCUCAUAUCAAUGCUACUGUCGCCAAGGCUACUACCUGAAAGAGGAUGGACACACCUGUGAAGAUAUUGAUGAGUGCUCUCAGAGCAUCGGGAAUCUCUGUUCCUUCCAGUGUGUUAAUGUUGCAGGCAGCUAUCAGUGUGCCUGUCCUCCUCAUGGAUACAUCAUGUCGGCCAAUGGACGCACCUGCAGAGAUAUUGACGAGUGCACAACUGGCACCCACAAUUGUUCAUAUGGACAGACGUGCUACAACCUGCAGGGAAGCUUCAGAUGUCUCUCCUUUGACUGUCCUCAAAAUUACAAGAAGGUGUCAGACAUACGCUGUGAGCGGAUCAGCUGUCCCAGCAACUCCUUAGACUGUAAGAACUCUCCCGUGCGGAUCACGUACUACCAGCUCAGCUUCCAGACCAACAUCAUCAUCCCUGCCCAGAUCUUUCGAAUCGGACCUUCCCCCGCCUACUCUGGCGACCAUAUCGUCAUCAGCAUCACCAAGGGCAAUGAGGAGGGCUACUUCAGCACCAGGAAGCUCAACAACUUCAUGGGCGCCGUCUACCUGCAGAGACAAGUCCGUGAGCCCAAAGACUUCCUAAUAGAUGUGGAGAUGAAGCUGCUGAGGCAGGGGACGUUCACCUCGUUUCUUGCCAGGAUCUAUGUCUUCAUCACAUCCAGCACUAAGUAACACCAAACAGAUUGAGAAAGAGACUAUUUCGUAUGGUGCUAAAUUUUUAUUUGUGGAGACUCUUUUUAAUGCCUCCCCACUUUGAAACAUAUUCAAGUAUCUUGUACAAUGUUGCCACACACAGACUGGUUUUCUGCUUGCUUCUCUGCAGACUUUCUAUGACAAUCAUAUGUCUUGAGAAACCUUGUAUUUGUAUGAACUAAAGUAUUUUUUAGCUCGACUCUUGCUCACGCAAUUUAGCUUUUAUCACUACCACUGUUGUUAGGGGCUACUCAAGCUGUUUGUUCGUACAGACGGUGGCAAGGUGCUGCACGGGUCACUGCACAAGUCUGGGUUGGCGGUUUGCGCUCUACUCUACCCUCUUGCUCUUUGACCUCCUUAUGUAAAUGUUAAUUUUCAUGAAGAUCUGAAGAUACUAGUAAACUUAGUCAGCACUAGAAGUUAAGGGCACUUGUCACUGUGUAGCCCCAAAACUGACAAAAUGUGCUAAAAGCUUAUCAGAAGACCCAAAAAUAUAACUGAAUUGCUGUAAUAAAUUAUUAGUUAAAUAGUUAUAAUGGAGUGUAAAAAGAAAAGUUUUAUAUUUUUCCUUUAACCUCUAAAUAGUAAAAAUGCUUUUCAUUUUUUUC